GCCUUCUACUCAUCAUUCCACGUUUAAUUUCUAACACAAAUUAUUCAUUAAAGUUUUCCACAUUUUUUUUAUUUUCACACUAUUCUCUCUCUCCUCUCUCUUUCUCUGUCUAGCAAUAACAAUGGCAAUCAAAGUCCAUGGCCCUGUUAUGUCACCUGCUGUAAUGAGAGUCAUAGCUACCCUCAAAGAAAAAGAGCUUGAUUUUGAGCUUGUUCCUGUUAAUAUGCAUACUGGUGAUCACAAAAAAGAACCUUUCAUUUCUCUCAAUCCAUUUGGUCAAGUUCCAGCUUUUGAAGAUGGAGAUCUCAAGCUCUUUGAGUCAAGAGCCAUUACUCAAUAUAUAGCACACACAUAUGCAGACAAAGGAAACCAACUAUUAGCCAAUGAGCCCAAAAAAAUGGCAAUAAUGUCAGUAUGGAUGGAAGUAGAAUCAACAAAAUUUGACCCUAUUGGUUCAAAGUUAAGCUUUGAAUUAGCUGUUAAGCCAAUGUUAGGAAUGGUAACAGAUGAUGCAGCAGUGGCAGAAAAUGAAGAAAAAUUGAGCAAAAUUCUUGAUGUGUAUGAAACAAGACUUAAAGAGUCAAAAUAUUUGGGUGGUGAGAGUUUUACAUUAGCAGAUUUACACCAUGCACCUGUUGUGCAUAAUUUAAUGGGGACUAAAGUUAAGAGUUUGUUUGAUGCUAGACCUCAUGUUAAGGCUUGGUCUGCUGAUAUUUUGGCUAGGCCUGCUUGGUCUAAGGCACUUGAGUUGCACAAACAGUAAAACUGAUCUCAACUCGUUUGGGACUGAGGCGUAAUAGUUGUUGUGGCCUAUGAAUCAGCAAGUUAAUAAAAUUUGGGCCGUAGGAAACUGAUUCCAACUUAUUUGGGACUGAGGCGUAAUUGUUGUUGUUAUUGUUGGAAAACUUUUUUUAUUGUGUUUGGUUUGACUGUUAUUGUAUUGUAAACGUUUCGUUUUUUUUUUUUGAAGAAGAAGAAGAAGAAAAAAUCUCCCAUAUCAUCUGUUGUUUUUUGUUACGAUUAUGACUGUUGAAUUACAUGAAAUGACUUUGUGUUUUUUUUUA